AUGCAGUUCAUACAUGAUUAUGCUAUAAUAGGAGAAGAAGAAAACGAAUCAAAAUUGACCAACGCAUUACCAUUAAAUCAACAUUUCUAAAACUUUUCGAAUCUCUUGCAAGCUUAAAAAGAGAGACAAAAAUCUAAAAUAUUCAUGCCAUUAGAUUUGAAUGUGAUUAAUUAAACACAAAAUGCGUUUAAGUCUUCUGCUCGCUCUAGUCCUCGAAAUUAUUUUGCUAAUAAAUAAGUUCCUAGUGUUGAUAAGAUAAUGUAGAAAAUGGCAAUUAAGCAUUCUUCACAUCAUCAAGUUCCAACUUAAAAAGAGGAAUUCUAUGAACGAUAAAUACGGUGGUUAAAUUAGAUUAAACAAACUAAUCAAGUUAAAAAUCAACAUAAAAUUAAUUAAGAAAUCUAGAAUUGCCCUUUCAAACCUUACACUAGUCCUUAACAGAACAUUAACAAAGAAAAAUUAAAAGAAAAUUCAAAAAGCAUACUGAGCCCACCACAGUUUAAAAAACCUAAUAAAAGAAAUGAUUCCUACUCUAAAAUUCAUUUAGCUAAGAAAUAAAGUUUAGGUUGA